AUGCUCCACGUUCGUGAUUACAUACUUUGGGUAGAAGAAGGAAAAAAUACAAAAUAUCAUUUAUUCACUCCACAGUUUCCUCCGUCUCAUAGAAUGAUGGAUUUGCUUGAAGCAAAGGUUCAUUUGCCACUCAAUCCAGAUUGUUUUUCACAACAACAACUUUUUGCUUAUCAUCUGCGUGCACAUCAUAAACUGGAAACUUAUACUAGUUCUGGUGAUUUCCCUCGAGACUAG